GGAUCUACCCGGGUCCCUGCAUCUCGGCCAUGAGGGUCAGCAAGAGGAAGCCCUCGGGCGGUCGGGAUGGCGCGGUUUCGGCUACGGGUGCGGCCAAGCGGGCCCGCACGGAAGAGCUCACGGGCGUGCGGUUCAAGGCUCUGCUGAGGGACCCGCAGGGGCCCGGGCAGGGCUUGGAAGCAUUUGUCUCUGCUGCCAAGAAGUUACCCCAAGAAGAUGUGUAUGAUGUCGUGGAAGGGUACAUAAAGAUUUCUGUUGAAUGUGCGGAAAUUUUCCAGCUCCUGAGUGGAGAGAAGCGACCUGAGAGUGAAGUGCUAUUAAUCUUUCAAGUCUUGGAGGCCAUAUUAUUGCGGACAGCAAGUGAUCUUUCACAUUUUCAUGUCGCGGGCACCAAUAUUGUGAAAAAGCUAAUGAACAACCACAUGAAGCUCAUCUGUGAGUCCCUGUAUGCAUCAGGUUACAGGGUAGCUCGAUCCUGCCUCAACCUAAUGGCUGCCAUGGUGACCCAGGGUCCGGAAGCUGCCAGGGAUGUCUGCAGCCAUUUUGAUCUGAAUAAAAAGAACUUGUAUGCUCUGGCAACUAAGAGGGACUCAAAGGGUGUGCCUGACGUGCGGCUGGCGUACAUCCAGUUCGCCCUCUCCUUCUUAAUUGCUGGUGAUGAUAGCACUAUAGGGCAAGUGCUGGAGCUGAAAGAAUUUAUCCCUUGCAUUUUUAGCUCAGGCAUAAAGGAAGAUAGAAUUUCUACCAUCAACAUUUUGUUAUCUACAUUGCAAGCAAAGGUAGUUCACAAUAAAAAUAUCACCAAGACCCAGAAGGUACGCUUCUUUACUGGGCAGCUUCUGGUCCACAUAGCAUCUCUCUACAACUGGAAUGGGAUUGCUGAUGUAACCCCAGAAAAUUCGGAGAACACCAAGCUGUCUGCCGAAGAAGCAGGGAAAGCCAUGGUGAGGGAGCUCGCUCAUAACUUUCUGUUGGAUCUUUGCUGCUCGUUCAAGCAUGGGAUUAAUUUCUAUGAUGCCUCUCUGGGCACCUUUGGCAGAGGAGGCAACCUGACACUUCUGCACUUCUUGUUGGGCUUGAAAACUGCAGCCAGCGAUGAGCUGGUGGCCGAGCUGGUGGUGAACAUCCUAAAAGUGUGCCCAGACCUGCUAAGCAAGUACUUCAAGGAAGUGACGUUUUCCUUUCUCCCAAGAGUGAAGUCCACUUGGUUAAAUAAUAUCAGACUGCUUACCAAGAUCUAUGAGGCCCAGCCAGAGAUUUCUCGGGCAUUUCAAACCAAAGAGUUUAUCCCCUUGCCACGGCUCCUGGCAAUGGUGAUGGUGACCACGGUGCCCCUGGUGUGCAAUAAGAUCAUGUUCACCCAAGCAUUAAACCUGGAUAGCACUUCGGUGAGACACACAGCUCUGUCCCUCACGUCCUUCAUUUUGAAGAGAGCAUUAAAAACUGUUGACCACUGCCUGAAUAAGGAAGUAUGGCAGGAAUCGAACGUGUACACAGUGGCAGUGAUGGAGGAAUUUGUGCAGCUCUUCAGAGAAGCCCUGAGCAAGGUUUUGCCAGAUCUGAACACUAUUGUGUGGGUCUGGCAGUCACUUAAAAAGCAGGAGACAAAAGAAGAUGAUGGGAAAGGGAAGAAGAGCGGUGACAGCACUGCGGCUGCACACACAGCUCCCCAGUGUGAUGAUGCAGAAACUAUUCUUCUGAAAGCUGUCCUGCUCCAGGUUAUAUGCCUCUACCAAAAGGUGGUCCCUCAUGUGGUCAUGCAGUACAACUUCGACUUCAGCAAGCUCCUGAAAGGCAUCAUCUCUGAGCAGGGCCUUGGCCAGGAGGCCCCUCCCGUCCUGCAGCACCACAUGCUGAAGGUGGCCCUGGAGCUGCCAGCCACCAAGUUCUUGUGGUUGAAGUCACAGGAAGGCCCAGGCACAGAAAUUAUUGGAGGAGAGCGAUCCGUGUUCUAUUUGCUAAUGAAAAUGUUUGUGACCAGUAGCCACUUACAACUCAAGUCAUCCACCAAACUCCUCAUUGUGAAGAUUCUGCGGGACACAGGUGUGUUUGAAUACACCUGGAAGGAGCUGGAGCUCUGGCUGGAGCACCUGGAUAACACUUCGCAAGACAGCAGAGAGACCGUGAUUCAGUUCCUGGAACGCGUUUUAUUGACCCUGGUGGCGAAUCCCUACACGUAUACAGAUAAAGCGUCUGACUUUGUCCAAGAAGCCAGCACUCUGCAGGCCGCUGUGAGCAGGCAAGACACUGAUGACACCAGCAUUCCCAUCUCCCACAUUGAUGAUGUGCUCGACAUGGUGGAUGUCCUGGUGGAGGGGAGCGAAGGCCUGGAUGAGGAGAUUGGGUUCUUGCUGAGUGAAGACAUGAUUCUCCUUACGUUCCCAUUCAGUGCCGUGGUUCCUGCAGCCCUGGAAGCCAGGAAUAAGUUACUCCUUGGGACAGAAAGUCAAGCAGGGGAAAGCAUCGUGGCCUAUCUGACAGCGGUGCUGACUGACCUCCUCCACACCCAGAGGGACCCCUUGGCUCUGUGUCUUCUGCUCCAAGCUUAUGACAAGUUUCAGCCUCCAGGCCCGCCUUGCUGCCAGCUGCUGUCCCGGUUUAACAGCUACUACAGUCUCUGGAUCCCGGAGCAAGCCCGAGAAGCCUGGCCUCUGCAGGCAUCCAGCAGUUCCACGCCUCACAUGCCCACCUUGGCCUCUGGCUUCUCCACCCUGCUGCAGACGGCCUACGAGAGCCGGACACUAGGAGAUGAGCACAUUCAGGAGCAACUCCAGGCUGCCAUCGAGUGCCUCCCCCUGCACCGGGCCCUGUGCUCCGCCAAGCAGGUGCUGCUCUACAUCAGGAGCACUGUGGAGAACUUCCGUCAGCUGGGGAGAAAUAUGGGUCCACCACUCCUGCGCCUCUUCCUGGAUCUCCUUACACGCUUGGUUGUCCGCUGUGAGCAGCUGGAUGCUCAGAAUCAGCAGAAGUGCAAGGCUGCUCAUGCUGAAUCUGACCUCUUUUUAGACAUGGAGUCUGUUGCCUCCCUGGAGUUGGCCAAUGACCAGACGCUGGAGGAGGUGCUGGUGGCCGUCUUGAGACACCCAACCCUGGAGGGCUGGUUUCUCGCCCUGGAGCAGCAGGCCCUGCCCCAGCAUGCGCUCAGCCCUGUCCUUGUGAAGCUCCUGGCCGCCCAGUUCAGUGCAGGUGUCCUUCCGUUACUGGUGGCCAGCGCCCCGAUCCUCCAGAACAUGGGGCAGCUGGGCCUCCUGGCCAAGUACUCGGAGGCCAUCACACAGAGCGUGUUGAGGGAACUGCAUGCCAGAAGCACAGGCCGAGCUACCUCGCCACCAGAGUCCCUGCCACAGCUGGAGGCCCUGCAGAAGCUGCACCCGUACAUGGAGGGUGCACAGCUCCGCAAGGUCACGCUGGCCCUGCUGGCCCUGCCUGAGGCCCACCUGCUGAUCCAGCCAUCCACGGAGGGCCCCAGGAGGAUGAGACAACUGAGCGUCUUCGCAAGGACCCUGGCGCAGCUGCUGGUCAGCAGCCUCCAGGAUGAGCUGCCGAGCUGUGAGCUCUGGUUCUCUGAGUAUGUGCGUGGCUUUGCCGCUCUGCUCCCUGUGCUGGCUGUGAAUGAAACGGACGUUGUGUUCCUUCACAUCCUACAGAGAGACCCCUUGCUGGCUCCUGUGGUCUCAGCGGACCUGUUCAACUACUGCCUGGCCCGGCAGACACAGGCAGCCCUAGGCAUCGCCACCCUGCUCCUCCAGCACAGCUACACCCACCUGCUACAGUUUGAGUGCUGGUGCAGCCGGGCUGGGGCAGGGCGCAGCCUGCAGGAGGACCUGGAUGACUUCCUGCCCCUCAUCCAUGUGUACCUCCAGCGCAGGCCGCAGGGGCACUUGGCAUGCCCAGCAGGAGUGUCCUCUGCUGUCAUUCCUGUCCUGAAGAAGGCCCUGUGGAAAGAGCUACGAGACAGGCUCUUCAGGACUAAUGGUCCUCUAGAGUCAGAGCUGCUUCAGGAGGUCCUGGCCCAACUACUCCCAUUUGCCAGAGCCAAAGACCUCCGUGUGCUCAUGGACCGUUUGCCCGGCUUGCUUCUGGCACCAAACAAUUACAAGAGUUGGAUGGUGGCAGACUCUGUCUCAGCAGCCCUGGAGGGGUCCGUGGGAGAGGUGAACACCUGGAGGAAGACCCUCCUGCAGUCCUGUGUGCAGUGGCUGGUCAUGUCCUUCAGUGGCGGCUCCGCAGGCCUUUGCAGCAUCCAGGACCAAGAGAAGCAGAUGCUGCUCAGACUAAGCGAGUUGUUGCAUGCACUUAAUGACAUUGAUCCUGAUGACUGGCAGAAAUUCAUGAAAACUGGACUCAAGUUUCGCUAUCAGGACCACACCUUUAUAAAGACCCUCCACGCGGCCCUGCAGCUGCUGUACGGCCCGGAGAGCAUGGUGCGCGCCAGGCUCGCGCCCCUCCGCACGGUGCACAUGCUGCUCACCCAGCACUCGCUGUUCCUGCCCAGCCUGCUGACAACCAAUGGGGAGGAGAACCCGGACGGUGAUAUGAAAGAAGCCUUGGUGGAUCUGAUGGCGACAGUGGUGAGGAUGUGCCCCUCUGUCUGCGAGAGUAGCCACUUUGCAGUGCUGCUUGGGGCCUAUGGUGCCACCCUCAGCACCCUGGACCAGAAGAUCCUGCUUCUCCUCCGGGCGUAUGAAGAGAACAAGCUCAGCCUCAUCAACUUCCGGGUGCUGCUGUGGGGCCCAGCAGCUGUGGAGCAUCACAAGACGUGCCGGAGCCUCGGCAAGUCCCUGUGGCAGCAGCCGAGCGUCGCUGACAUCCUCUGCCUGCUGGACCGGGACCGCAUGCUGCAGACCAUCCUGCACUUCCCCCAGAGGCGCAGGCUGCUGCCCCCCGAGGGUGCCCAGGAGGUGAUAUUUAAAGACAAGAGCCUGAGAGUGGAUCCCAGUGGCCUGUAUGACCCCUGCUUUCUGCUUCAUCUCUUCGGGGAACUCACCAGGCCAGAAUUUGUGGUGGAUUGUCGAAAAUUCUUGGAUUCAAAUGCUCUGAGCCUUACCAUUGCGGCCCUCAGCAGCUACGAUCCCCAGAUGCGAGCAGCGGCCUACUCUAUUCUGGCAGCCUUCUACUCACACCUGGAGGGGGCUCGUUUCCGGGAGCAGUCCCAGCUGCUUUACCUGUUGGAUGUCGUCCGGAACGGCAUUCGGACUCCGAACCUGAGACUCCCUUUCACUCUGGCCCUCUUCAUCGCCAAGGCGGCCCUGCAGAUUUUGAGACCAGAGGAGCACAUGUACUGGAAGAUCAGCAAGUUCCUGCUGUCACACGAGUACCUGAACAUGGACAAGGUGCCAGGCUUCUACCAGUUCUUCUAUAGCUCUGACUUUGAGCACAAGACUGAGCAGGAGUGGGUACUUGGACUCCUACGGCAAGGGAUUCGCGACAAGCAGUGCUAUGAGCUGUGCGCCAGGCGGGGCGUCUUCCACAUUAUCCUGUCCUUCUUCAGCAGCCCGCUGUGUGACGAAGUGACACAGAAUUGGAUUCUGGAAAUCCUACAGAACAUAGCCCGGGUUGCAAGAUCUGCCUACGAAAUCCUGCGAGACUACAGUCUUCUGACGUGGAUUCUGCACAUCCUGGAGAGCAGGUUUCUGGAGACCCAGCUGCUGGCUAAUGUGAUCUCCUUGCUGCACACACUGUGGGUGACUAACCUAGGGGACAAAGGCGUGGAGGGGGAGAGCCAGCCCCCCCGCCAGCCUGGCUCCCAGGAGCCCCGCAAGCUGCUUGCCCUGCACCUGGUCAACGAGUUCCUUUAUGUCCUCCUCGCUCUCGUGAAGCACCUGAGGCCCACCUUGGCGUCUGCCCAGCUAAGCAGCUUCUUUGAGACUCUGGACUCUGUGCUGAGGUACCGGGCCAGCGUCCUGCAAGCCUUCAAGGACAUGGGCCGAUUCACUGUGAACGAGACGAUGCUCUCCACAAAAGAUGUCCUGCUCCUCUUGCACAAGUGGAGCCUCAUCGAAAGAGACAUGAUGCUCCAGGCGAAGCUGAGAGCAACUGUGGAGAAGUGCCAAGUCAGGGACCUGAUGAAAAUGCUCAAGGAUAAGACCAGGCCUGUUGUGCCAGCCCGAGCCAGGGGCCCACGUGGCCGGAAGAGGAGGCCUGGGGAGGCUGAAGAGGCAGUCCAGCCUGAACUGGCGGCAUCCAGGAUGUGCAAGGCCCUGCUGAGGUCCAUCCUGACCCACUGGGCACCAGUGGUCCCUGGUUCUAAACCCUCCCAGGACCAGGCCACUCAGGAUAGCAAGGCCACAGGCCCUGUGCAUGCUGCCACCUCCCUGGUGGCCAGCUGGGUGCUGUGCUCUGUGGCCGAGAGCCCGCUCAGCAGAGCAGAAGCAGCAGGACUCCUGGGCUGGCUCAAGAGCCAUAUUUUGCCACACCCAGUGGUGGUGGCCGACCUUGUUGGUGACGGAGCAGUGAGGAGGAGCCUGUUUCAGCUGUAUAGCCGCCUUUGUGGUGCAGAGGGGCUGGAGGGGCCCAUGCAGGAUGUGGCCAUUCUGUUCAACAUGGUCAUGCUGCAGCUGCUGGGGGCCCAAGGCCAUGGGGGGAGCCCCUUCCACCUGGCAGUGGAGGCCCUGUGUGCAUCCUGUGUGCAAGAGGAAAAUGGCACCAUGAGAGCCUCCGCAGCAUUCCUGGUGUCUCUGUACAUUAAGGACAUCUGGCUGGGGGCCCAGCAGCCAGACACACUCCUAGCGCACAUCCAAAUGGUCUGCAAGGCUGCCGAGGACACGCCGGAUGGGGAAGAGGAGGCCAUUGUUGUGCUCUGCAGGGACAUCGCUGCCUCGGCCUCAGAUGCUUUCUCCUGCUAACCGCUCCUGUUUGGUGGAGUCUUGUUUCCAGGGAAGGCAUGAGAUGACAGGUUCUGGAUGUUGGCUCUGUUUCCCAACCAGAAGAGCCACAGAACUUUUAUUUAACCAGUAAAUAAUGGUGUGCAAGUGGACGCCUGCAAGUGAGAAGGGCUGUGGGGCCGGCACGGUGCCAGGCUGCGCACCUCCUGCAGUCCGUGCUUGCAAACGUCAGGUCCAGUGCUGCGUGCAGCUAAUCAGUGAGUGUCAGACUAGAACAUCAGCAAAGACUGUCAGAGCUCGUGGUGAAUACAAAGAGAUGCAUUUAAAGUUUUUCCUCUGUAGGAAGUUGGAACAAAAUUUUGUAUGACUGAAUGAAUGAGUGCCUGCCAGUGUUGCACCAAUGUUGUAUAUUUUAUUAAAUCAAAGGGUGUCACACUAAAUCCUUAAACUAUAAAGUGGUUUGAUCUCUACCUUGGGAAAGCAGCCUGUAUUUUUUAUAAUUGUGUCCCAAAGGGGAUUUUGAAUUUUAUAAU